CAUGAAGAACGUCAAUAAUCCGACUUCAGAUGGAAGGGAAAGUUUCAAAGAAUUUGGCGAUGCUUUAAAAGAGUUUGCUGAAAGAUUUAUCGCUAAGCAAGUUCGUUCAGAGUCAAAAGAUUUUUUUGUUAGAAUAGCUGGUAUUUCGGGUAUAAUUGCUAUGCUCCUAGACGCUUACGGCUCCCAUAUUUUUAGAAAUCAGAUUGAUGAAGAUGAUACAGAUCUAAUUGACAGUUCCGAUUUAAAAUACGUUUUCAAAAUAGGAAAUCGUUAUCAUUUUGUAUCAACACUAUGUCUGUUAGCUACUCCUGGAAUGAGACAUCCGUAUUUAAGUGGAUUUUUAAUGACAACCGGUAUGACAAUAUUUUGUGGAAGUUGCUACUAUCAUGCUUUAACUGGCAAGACAAAGUACAAUUGGCUUACACCGUACGGUGGAGUUACAUUGCUGAUCGCAUGGUUUUCAAUGGCAUUAUAA